AUGAGUAUAUAUUGAUUUAUUUAAGUGAGUGUUGAUUUGAACUAAAGACAAGGCGCCCUUUAAAGGCUAUCCUUUCUGUCAUUUUGGCAAUAUUUUUUAAAGGAGUGUCGUUUCUGGGGAGAAAUAAGAAUUGUAGAAAACCAGAAAGAAGAUAGAAUUAUAGAAGUAGCUAAAAAAGAACUCCAUAGAAAGGAAGGGAGAGAAAAAGGAACAAUAAUGAUGGGCAUGGAAGAAUUUGAGGCCUUGGAUUGUUUCUUUUGAUUUUCUUUUCUUCAGUUUUCUUCAUCUUCUGGAGCCUGUUAGAUUUGGGUCUUUUUGAGCAACCUGCCCUGCCCAUGGAUUUUUCUGAAUCCACCAAAAUUGUGUACAAUAGGAUCCAAAAAUUGGAGCCUGAGAAUGUUUCUAAAAUUAUCGGUUAUCUUCUUUUGCAAGACAAUGGGGACCUGGACAUGAUCCGUUUGGCCUUUAGCCCUGACGCUUUGCUCCACUCUUUGAUCCACAAGGCUAAAUCCCAACUCAGCUUAAACAAACCACCUGUUUCUCAGGUGAGUCCAACCCCUGUGGUCGACUUCCCCAUGCAGUUAACUCCAUUUUCCCGUGCGGUUUUGACCCAAAGAGCUGCCGCUACUCCUUUCUGGGAUCCCUCAGUGACUGCUGCUGAGCAACAUGUGAAUAGUUUGGAAUUCACCCCGCCAGGGUAUUCGGAUGCUGUUGCCGAAGAUCAUAGCUUCCAAAGCCAAAUGCAUUUCUUGAACAUGGAAGAUCAGUUAGAACCUCCCAAUUCCGUUGGUUCCGAAUUUUCGAGCAGUUACUAUUAUUCUGAACCUGCAUUGGGUGCAAGAACCAGCCGAAGGUCCCCUAGCUUGCCUGAGUUCCCCGUUAAGAUUUGCCAUUACUUCAACAAGGGGUUUUGCAAGCAUGGAAACAAUUGUAGGUACUUCCAUGGCCAGCCUAUGCCGGAGAGCUUUUCACAGCUUUUCAGCUCGAGUUCGAACGAGGCCGGUAAUGAAGAUAAUGUUGUCUCUCCUGGGACUCUUGAAAAGCUAGAGUUGGAGCUCACCGAGCUUCUAAAAGCAAGGAGAGGGUUGCCUGUUUCUAUUGCCUCUUUGCCAACGUUAUAUUAUGAGAAGUAUGGGAGGACACUUCAAGCUGAGGGGUAUCUUACUGAGAGCCAACGACAUGGUAAGGCUGGUUAUAGUCUGACCAAGCUUCUUGCUCGAUUGAAGAGCAGCAUUCGUCUCAUUGACAGGCCCCAUGGGCAGCACGCGGUGAUUUUGGCAGAAGAUGCUCCCAAGUACCUUGAGUAUGCCAGCGAGAGGAAUGAUCCCGGUGCAAUAGUUGCCGGUUCUAGGCAGAUAUACCUUACCUUUCCAGCUGAGAGUACCUUCACUGAACAAGACGUUUCACACUACUUCAACAAAUUCGGACCGGUUCAAGACGUUAGGAUUCCGUGCCAACAGAAGAGGAUGUUUGGAUUUGUCACUUUUGUUUAUGCUGAGACAGUGAAGCAAAUUCUGGCUAAAGGAAAUCCUCAUUUUGUAUGUGGGGCUCGUGUUCUGGUGAAACCAUAUAGGGAAAAAUCAAGGCUUGUUGAUAGGAAGUAUCCCGAGAAAUUACAGCAUCCUCCUAUGUAUUACGGUCCACACUUCAUAGACGGGGAUUCUGAACUUCAAUCAAUGCCAAGAGUUUGUGAUAACUCGAGACCAUUUCGGAAACAGCUAAUCGACGAUCGUGAGCAAACACUGGAGUUCGAGGGAAGGCGUUUCUCAGAGUUGCAAUUAGCACCAAAGCAGUACAUGACCAAUCACUUCUAUUUUGGCUACUCAAUGGAUGAGCUGAAGCACACAGAUGUUGUAGCCUGCGCAGACCAAGCGGUGGAUUUCCCGACCGCGGAGCGUUUCAACUAUCUUUUGGAUGUUCUGAAUACUGGUUCAACCAGUGAGGACAAAGUGAAGCAUAUUAGUACCAAUUAUAAUGACCCGGAUAGCAGUCAGGGACUCAAUCUUCCGGAGAGCCCAUUUGCAUCUCCAAUAGGGAGCGGCAUUUCAACAGUUAUAUAGAGAGAAGACUGAGAUUUCAGAUCCAGAACAAGAGCAAAUCCAGGAAAAUGGAUACCAACAACAACAAGAGUUUCAUUUUCUUCCCAUUUCCUUGUCUUUUCUAAACACAAUUGAAGUUCACCACCAAAACAUCAUCGUCCGGCGGCAGCAUCUUUCAUAGUUCAUACCAACCGCAGGAGAGAAACACUAGAAAUUCUCCACUUUUACUUCCAAUGGAGAAGAUUCCAAACAAAACUUAAUAUAGAAACCUAAUAUGUUAAAAGGGUAAGUUUUUUUUUUUUUUUAAAUUAAAAAUCACAGGAAAGCAGGCAGAGAGCUGUGAAUGUUUUAGAAGAGAAUUGUAAUAUACGGUAUUUUUUUCUCUUUAGUUGAAAAGAAGAAACCAAAGGUACAAAUAUCGUAGAAGGUUGAGAUGAAAGAGAAGAUGUAGAAAUCUCUGCUUUUUAUCAGCAUUAACAUAUAUCAUCAUAAUUGUAAUAUGCAUAGUUGCAUGUA